GCGACAUUCCCCGCAGAGCUUCCCAAAUCCACUUCCAUUCUAAACUACCGCAAGGGCCUAUUCCUGGCUCCAAUGGUACGCAUUGGCGCACUGCCCACUCGCCUCCUCAGCUUGGAGUACGGAGCUGAUCUGGUGUGGGGCCCGGAGAUUGUAGAUCGGGCCCUGAUGGGAGCCGAGAGAAUCGUCGACAAAUCUACGGGGGCUAUUCACUACAUGAAGGACAGCAAAUCUGUCUUCUCUACUCAUCCCAUCGAAAGGCCCUACCUCAUCUUUCAGCUGGGAUGCGCUACGCCUGCCUGGGCAUACGAUACCGUCAAGAUGGUGACAGAGCACGACGAUGUGGCGGGCGUCGAUCUCAACUGUGGCUGUCCAAAGAACUUCUCAACCACGGGAGGCAUGGGCGCUGGCCUUCUGCCUCGACCAGAUCUACUUUGCGAUAUCCUAAGAGCCAUGCGAAGGGCUGCGCCUCCGCACGUUGCUGUGACGUGCAAGAUCAGGCUUUUGCCCACAGAGGAGGCUACGAAGAACCUCGUGAGAAUGAUCUGUCGUACUGGGGCAGUCGAUGCGAUCACCAUCCACUGCCGCACCAAGGAAAUGCGGCCUCGAGAGAAGGCUCUGCUGGAGCGCAUCAACGAAGUCGUCGACACAGUCAGGGAAGAGACGGGUGGCAAGAUGCCAGUCUGCCACAAUGGCGACUCGUGGGAUUUCCACGAGGCCCAGACUAUCAUGAAGAAUGCCAACGUCACCUCGUCUAUGCUUGCCCGAGGUCCCGAGAAGAAUCCAUCGUGCUUCUCGCCCGAGGCUCCCGCUUCCGUUGUGGACGAGAUUGUGCCCAAGUGGCUCAAGUACGCCGUUAUGCUGGACAACCACAUCGGCAACACCAAGUAUUGCCUC